AUGUCAACGUUACUUACAAAAAUUGCAUCAACCAGCCAACAAUUACGUUCUAAUUUCAAGAUUGAUUUGAUUGAAAAUACUAAUGAUAAUGAAUGUUGUGAAAUGCAGGAAGAGUUACCACUUAGUAUCAGUUCAACGAGCGCAAAUAAUCGUGCAAAAGCAUCCAAACUAUUAGCAUUUUGUCAACAGAUAACUUUACGAAGGGUUUUCCGCUUGAUUGGUUUUAGUAUUGGUUCAUAUCCACUUGCAUAUGUCAUUGCUGCUAUCAUCAUGUCAAUUAUGUCAUUUGGAAUUUAUUAUCUUAAAUUGGAAGAUCGAGUUCGUGAUGGUUAUACCCCGACAACAUCACCAUCAAGACGUGAAGCAAAUUUACUACGAGAAUUCACUAAUUCAUUUGGUGAUCCAACACUUACCACAUUAAUGCUACAAGCUCGUGAUGGUGGUUCCAUGCAUCGUUUGAAGUAUUUGGAAGAAGCAGUUCGAUUACAUCGAUAUUUUAUGGAUAAUUUCACUGUUCAGGUGCCUUCAACCGGUGAACAAUUCGUAUACGGUGAAAUAUGCGGGUUUUUAUGUGAUACAAAUAUUGUCAUCGAAUAUUUUCACAGUGCAUUAUUGGAGGAAUAUAGGAAAGAGAAAACGGGUAAAAAACGUAGUGAAUCAACCAAUCUUACCUAUCCAAUUGCUAAAAUUACUGGUUUUGAUAUUCAUUUGGAACGUAAUUUUUAUGGUGUUCGUUUACGAUCAUAUACAAAUAAUACCAAUAAUAUGGAUAAUAGCAAGAUCGAUUCUAAAGCUAUUAAUGAGGAGAUAAUUAUGAAAACGAUCACCAAUAUUGAAUAUAUUCAGGUGAUUAAUUAUAUGUAA